AUGGAGACUCUGACAGCGAAAGACCUGCGGAUAUUCCGAGAAAAAAGCCGUGCAUUCUGCGGAUCGUUCAAGAUACCACUAGCCAAACUUCAACAUGAGCAUCUUCCGGACAACCCGCGACAGCUUGACAAGAAGAACAUCGCAAGGUUGGUUAACGUAUUUCACAAUGAAGGGUGUUUGCGGCGCCAGUCUGAUAACUACGUGCCAGUACUAAUGUCUCGGUCCGCUCUACCCAAUGGACCUAUGAGAACAGGAGACGACUUACAACUACUGGAACCAAGUAAUACACUUGUAUACUUGCACGGAAGACAUCGCAUUGAGGCCGCCCGUGAAUUCUUCACCGGCAACGAAAGAUGGUGGUCGGCUAACGUAUAUUCUGACGAUCUUAGUCUAGAAGCAAAGAACACUCUUCGUGAAUAUGACCCGAAUAGCGCGAGAUUCUACGACGGAGAUAUUCUCAGGCAGAUUCGCAUCUCAACUCUGCGUGACGAUGAGGUGCAACGGAAGAAAUGGCUUUCUAGGUUGACGGCCAGCAAGCAAGACUAUGUCAGACGUUUAGAAGCCUUGCCUCAAGAAUUCUUAGACAGCCUUGAUGCACUGAUUCCCUUCGCCGGGCUGUGGCCUGCGCUGAGAAUUGGGACUUUCUCUCGUCUCUCAAACCUACAUUGCCCCGAGGAGAUCACACACUGCGUACGCCAGGUUGAGAAGACAUGGGCCUUUAUUGUCGGGGAAAGUGAAACUGACAGGCUUCUCAUGGACCCCGGGACCGUUUAUCAUCUCCAAGGCCGCUGCCCAGGCCUCUCGUACGAGGACCGUGCCUUCAUUCAAACACGAAUGAUUUCAGGAGAAAUUUUUCCUGCGAUUAAGGAGGAAAAUCUUCGGUCACGGAUCUUCGACCGAAUCUGCUCAAUGAAGCACAUGAUUGUGUCGACCUACACCUUUCUUGAAGAUACCAAGUUCCUCGAGCCCGGAGCUAGGAUAUUGAAAAAAUUGUUCCGGGGCAGGUGCAAAGGUUCCCUGCGUCAGCGAUUUGCUUCUUUACACAAUGGUGAGUCGAACAUCAAAGUGCAGACAAGCGAAUUUGCUUUCGAAGACCGGCAAGUAUCAUCAGCAUCUGAGGCUUCUUGGAUUGCAUAUCGUCAGCUUUGGCUCUUCGCUCUCCGCCGCUUUCCAGUCAUGGACGGGCAAGCUCCACGGGUGGAUGCUAGAAAGAAAUCCACGUGGGAAGCAGGAUCAGAACCUCAAUGGUGGGUGGAUCUGUCGCUACUCGCCGAAAAAAGCGGAUAUAGGCACAUCCGCCAAAUAUUUCGUGACUACAAAGCAGCCGAAAUCAGUUCUUUUGAGGGAUGGAUCCGACAACUCCGACCUUCAAACUAUUAUCAAGUUGAUCAAGAUUUAAUUCAACGGAAGGCUAGACUGAUGCAAAGCCUUCUCAGUGAUAUUCCGCGUCUCGAAACAAUCACGACGGCUCCAGUCCUGACUUCAGAUGAUAAUAACUGCAGACCAGACAUAUCAGACAGAUGUGGCCGGCCGCGCACUUCCGUUUUAUUAGAUGAUGAGGGAAACAUGUUUUUUGACCAUAUCUAUUCGACUUCGUACGAUACUACUACUAAGCGAUUCCUCACAUCUUUUGCUAUCACGCGUGACUGCUUUCGCAGCUUUUUCGGCGAUAGGGAGGAGAAUCCGACCUCACCUUCCGGUGCACCUCCUCCAAGUGAAGGUCAUUCGGGAGAUCAACAAGGGCGCGGGACACCGAAUAACGCACAUACCAACGCCCCUCUCAACGCGACAGCCUCUUCAGGCGCUCCUCCAAAUUUAGGAAGUCAGGGUCCUCCUGGACCAGUUGGGCCUGCAGGGCCACCUGGUCCUUCAGGGCCUUCAGGGACUCAAGGCCCUGCUGGCCCUGCUGGCCCUCCUGGCCCUGCUGGCCCUGCUGGCCCUGCUGGCCCUGCUGGCCCUGCUGGCCCUGCUGGCCCUGCUGGCCCUGCUGGACCACCUGGUCCUUCUGGGCCUCCGGGAGUUCAAGGUCCUCCCGGCCCUGCCGGACCACUCGGGCCUUCGAGGCCUCCGGAAAUUCAACGUCCCCCUAGACGUGCUAGACAAGAAAACCGAGGGCAUUCGGUUGUUCCAAAUAGGGGCAGUAGAAUCCCGAAAAAUAGGUCUAUUUACGCUCUGGGCCAACCCGGUCCAGCCAAGUUACGAAUCGAAAAUGGAGGAAGUUCUGACGUUGCUUCGAAUUUGGAAAACUCUCUUGUGCCCUAUAACACCGAAAACUCUGUCAUGCCCUACGAUGCAGGAGGCGUAGCCCAAGAGCGAAUCCAGAUUGCGGACAAAGAUAUGGAAGAUGUUGAUGAGGCGGGUUCUGCUGCUUCCUCUCUAUCAUUCGACCACACCAUCGAAUACCUCCCAGACCAUCAGCCAUCAACGACUCCUUUCAUAAUACAUGAACAGCAUCGGGAGGAAGAAACGACGAUAUCUAUCCAGGAGGCUAGGCGAAUUCUUUUCCGAAAACGGGUGCGAACCACAAAUCGGACAUUCGCGGUUCUCGUUCCCACCGGUCAAGGCCGGUUCCGUGUUCAUGAAGCCGAUUCCACAAAUAUUACCUCGAUGACAGAAGCUCUCCAGUUGCCGUCCGAAGCUUUAUUUAUCACCACAGAUCGUGGGAAGCGGCUCAGGACAACUGCUGCUACUGACAUUAUUGAGGCAGCACGUUCACAGGACUUGAAUACAGCGCUUGUGGUGUGGAAUGGUAACCCUGCAGAACUUAUCCGCCAAUUAGAAGACCAUAAUGAUUCCGAGGAAGAGUUACCUCACAAGAUCGCCAAGCGCAUUCAUGUGGGGCAGGAAAUUCUCAAAUUCAACGCCAAACCUAUUAACAUUUCCAUCUGGGACAACAAUGCCUGGAAAAUUAUACAACAAAACGUCCAGUACGGCGAUACUGAGACAAAGGUAAGACAAUAUCUGGAAAGGUUUAAAGGAUAUCAACCAUUUGAUUUCGAGGGCCGUCAGCUCUCAAUUGAGGAAUGUUUCAGCGGGGCUCAAAACGACCAUCCCCCGACUGUUUACCUGGCGCUUCCUGCGGUAGCGAGCGCCUGUCUGCCCGACCUUUAA